AUGGCCCCAGGAACUGAGUACUCGCCUCAGACAAAUGGUAUAGAUGGUGGGUCCAUGAAGGAAACUAGUGUGUUAGCCAUGGAGGAUCAGAAUAAUAACAACAACAAUAAUGAUGAUGAUGAGUCAUUGGGAGGCUUGGCCUCAACAAAUAUGAGGAAACCCCCACGAAACCUCUUUGUAAUGCGACACUGCACCAGCUCUACUUUCUUGGCUGAAUCAGAAUCAGAAAUUGGGUUUUUAGGCUUGAAGUCACCAUCAAAUGAGAAAUCUGGAUUUUUACCUAUAUUUCGCUCAGGAAGCUGUUCUGAGAAAGGGCCAAAACAGUACAUGGAGGAUGAGUAUAUCUCUGUAGAUAAUCUUCGUGAAAAUCUUAGGACAACUGCAAAAUUCCCUUCUCCUUGUGCAUUUUAUGGGGUGUUUGAUGGACAUGGUGGUAUUGAUGCAGCAUUAUUCAUCAAAAAUAAUAUACUUAACUAUAUUAUUGAAGAUUCCAAUUUCCCAACUGGCACAAAAAAGGCUGUUAAAAAUGCUUUUAUGAAGGCUGAUCAUGCAUUUCUUAAUGCCUCUUUUCUUGAUAGUUCCUCUGGCACCACAGCAUUGACUGCCCUAAUCACAGGAAGGACCAUGUUAAUUGCUAAUGCUGGAGAUUCUCGAGCUGUGCUUGGCAAACGGGGAAGAGCAAUUGAGCUCUCUAAAGACCAUAAACCCAACUGCACCGCUGAAAGACUAAGAAUUGAGAAACUUGGUGGUGUCAUAUAUGAUGGCUACCUCAAUGGUCAAUUAUCUGUGGCACGUGCUCUUGGAGACUGGCAUAUAAAAGGCUCCAAAGGUUCAAAAAGCCCCUUAAGCUCUGAGCCAGAAUUGGAGGAGAUCAUCCUGUCAGAGGAAGAUGAGUUUUUGAUAAUUGGGUGUGAUGGGUUGUGGGAUGUGAUGAGCAGCCAGUGUGCAGUUACAAUGGUGAGGAAAGAACUCAUGAUACAUAAUGAUCCUAAUAGGUGUUCGAGUGCACUUGUUAAGGAGGCUCUCCAACGCAACACCUGCGAUAAUCUCACAGUUGUUGUGGUCUGUUUCUCCCCUGAUCCACCUCCUAAGAUUGAAAUUCCUAGAUCCCAAAAGAGGAGGAGUAUAUCAGCUGAAGGGUUGGAUCUUCUCAAGGGUGUCUUGAAUGAUAUAUGA